AUGGAUGGGAACGCCCAGCAAGUAACACUUGCAUUACAAGGAACCCUUCAGCUCGAUCCCAACGUAAGGAAACAAGCUGAGAAUCGAAUUUUUGAGUUCGAGAAAGUUUCAGGUUUUGCAACACUCCUUCUUCAGCUAGUUUGCUCUGAAGAAGCUGUGCCAGAGAUUCGCAUGGCGGCCGCUGUUGCAUUGAAGAAUUUCAUACGAAAGAACUGGGGAGAAACACCCGAAGUUGAUAUGUCUCCUGAAGAAGAAGAACAAAUUCGUCAAUCCGUACUUCAGGGAAUGUUCCUCAUUCGAGGUACUCUGCAAGGUCAGCUCUCCCAUGCCGUGCAACUGAUGGCCAAGCGAGAUUUCCCUGAACGUUGGCCCUCAUUGGUUCCAUCACUUGCGGAACAUUUAAAAGUUGAUGAUCUGGGGCGUCUGGUUGCAGCUCUAUCAGCCAUGGAUCAGCUUUUCAAAAAGUUCCGAUACGAAAGCAAAUCCACUGCUUUGUGGACGGAACUGAAGUCUUGCUUGUUAACUGUGCAAGAACCACUGACUCAAGUAUAUGCUAAAAUGAUUGAGUUUAUUCCACAAAGGUCAACAAUGUCAGCCGAAUCACUUACCCAAUGGCUUGAAAUUCUUUGCCUUGUUGCUAAAGUGUUUCACUCGUUGUGCUUCCAAGAUCUCCCAGAAUACUUUGAGGAUAAUUUAAAACCAUGGGUGGAAGGGUUUUUGGAAAUCAUGAAAAUGGACUGUCCUGGGAUUUCUUCAAGCGCUGGAGAACCCACGUUUCUCGAUGAGUUAAAGAUGGAAGUUUGUGAGAUAUUCACCUUGUACGCCCAACGGUUUGAAGAAGAGAUCAAUCCAUUCAUGCAGAAUAUUAUCCAGGCGGUAUGGCAGCUUGUGGUGCAAACCGGUAAUGAGACAAGGUUUGACGGUAUGGUUUGUGCCGCGUUGGAAUUCUUAUCAAUUAUCUGCCAGAAAAACCACUAUGAAAGCUAUUUUGUUGGAGAAGGCGUUUUGCAAACAAUAGCUCAGGAUGUAUGCGUGAAAAACCUUCAUCUGAGACAGGAGGAUCUAGAAAUGUUCGAAGAUGAACCUAUUGAGUAUAUGAAGAAGGAUAUUGAGGGAACGGAUACAUGCACUCGUCGUCGUGGUGCAAUUGAUCUUGUACGUGCCUUAUGUCGCAAGUUCGAGGAGCGGUUAGUGCCAGUAUUAGCUCAGUUAGUUCAAUCGUUGUGUUCCGAUGGUGACUGGAUAAAGUUGGAUGUGGUCUAUUGUCUGGUUACUGCUAUAGCAUCAAAAACCGAAACUGCAAAAAGUGGUGUGACGAGUACAAGCCAGCUGAUAAAUGUCGCUGAUUACUAUGCAGGGCAAGUACGUGGUCACCUUUCAGCCAAUACUGACGAUAUGCCUAUCCUUAAAGCUGAUGCUCUUAAGUUUGUUGUGACAUUCCGUAAUCAACUCCCUGCCGAGGUACUGGUUGAGGUAAUCCAAGCAGCUGAUCGUCUGCUGUUGUCACGAUUCACAAUUCUGCACAAAUACGCUGCGUAUGCCGUCGACAAGUUGUUGCUAGUUAAAGAGCCGAACAGUACGGCUCCGUUGUUAACGGCACGAGUGGUACCUGUUGGAUCUCUUCUUAAUAAUCUUGUCGCAGGAUUUGAUAAAGACCACAAGGCACAGAACUCUCCCUACCUCAUGAAGGCUGUACUGCGAUGUGUGGCCAUUCUCGAUGAAGAAACAGCUCGCCACGGUCAAGAGAUUGCCUCAAAACUUUCGUCUUUGGUAGCGGCAGCGACAAAGAGUCCUGCAGAUGCAGUUCACACGCACUUCCUAUUCGAAACAAUGUGUGUGCUUAUCAAAAAGACUGAAAGCUUGCCGCAAGGUAGUCUGGACGCUGAAUUAAUGCCUUUGAUCGAAACGAUUCUCAGUCAGGAUAUUGCUGAUCUCAUACCAUACGCUUUGCAGAUCACAGGCGUACUUCUUUCGUCGUCGCUUACGCGAUCAAAAACGGUUGAUCAGAAGUAUGUUUCAUUUUUACCAUAUCUUCUGUCCACGGAGCUGUGGGCGCGGUCUGCAAAUGUGCCAGCAGCUUUGACUGUUGUAGAGACAUUCCUGAAACACUGUCCUGAGUUGAUUAUGCGGGAUCACGGUGCCUUAGUGAUGCAGCAUUACUCGAGGCUAGUGGGAUCGAAAUCACUUGAUCAAUACGGUUUCCAAAUGGCAAAUGCUAUACUGCCAGUUGUCGAGAUGGUGCAAGGCGUUGAGAAUCCGAUGAGUGUGUUACUAAACAACAUGUUCCGGCGAGUACAAUUCAGUAAGACACCAAAGUUCAUGAAGCAUUUCGUUGUUUUCCUGUGUCGAUUUGCGGUUGUACGGGGAGCAGAGCAUUUUGCCAAGUCAGUGGAAGCUAUCCAGACGGGCAUGUUCCGUAUGCUGUUGGAGAAGGUUGUGGUUGCUGAGAUGCCAAACCUCCAGAACAUGACGACGUUAGAUGAUAAACGAAUGAUAGCGAUCGGCGUAGCGAAUAUGCUGGCCGAUGCAACAAACUAUGUCGGAGAUCAAUACGGCCCGUUGGCAAUCGCAACAGCUCAGCUAGUUGAAGCCCCAUCAGCGACCGAUCGGCCCGUUCUGUCACCGGAGGAGGAGCAGGCAUCAAUGUACAAUGCUGAAGGAGAAUUCACGAAUCCGUACUGCCGCCUCAGUUAUGCUCCUCGAGCGGAUCCUCUUGCCCCCGAAAUCACUAACUUUAAGAAUUACCUUGCACGUGCCGUUCUUCAACGCGGUCCCGCAGCGAACUCUGCUGUUGAAGCUUGCAUUCCAGCUGAAUUACGAACUCAUUUGAUGGCAUAUGUUUCACUCUAA